AAAUCACAGAAACAUCAAUUUUGAGUUUUUGACGCUACGGUUGGCUUGUAGAUUGUAGCAGACUCUGCGACACAACACAGCCACGGCAAUCGGCAAAAGAAACUUCUUAUUCACUUAACCGAUUAUUACAAUUCCCGAAUCCCGAUCCACUUAUCUAUCUCAACCAACUACUUUCACUCUCAACUCUCUUUUUCUUUCUAGUUCAGUCUUUUCAUCAAACACCUUGUCCCCAAUCUCUCCGAAGCUACCAUGUUCCGGAGGUCCAUUUUGGAAAUUUCAUCUCGACAAACGUUUAGAAGUAACCCCAGACAUUUUAUAAAUCAGAAGAUACCAUCACAUCUAUUUUCGCGAAAGAAAUCCUCAAAUGCACCAAGACCAGGCCGUGCCUCAGGUCCUGGUUCUACAGGCAAGCCACCUGAGUCUGCUGGUUCUCAAUCGAAGUUUUUAAUUGGAAGUGCUGCUGUAAGUGCUGCUCUUCUGGCAGCUUACCAAUUUGGUUUCUUAGAUAAAUAUCUUGAGAAGGAGAAGCCUAGUGUUCCCCAUGAAGCUCAGAUAGAUGGUACCACUGGAGAUUUGAAGAGUGGACAACAUUCACUAGACGAGUUAGUUUCACCCAGUAGUGAGAAAUUUAACAAUGAAAAUCCUGCUGUAGAGCAUGCAGAGCAGAAGGUUGAUACCAGUCUUCCACAGCCAGAAAUUGUAAUAGAAGAUUCAGGUGAUCAACCGAUUCCUAUGCAAGACAUUUCUGAUAUUGCUGAAGAUCAUAAUGUUGGUUCCAUAGAAAAUCAGUUUCCUGAAUCUCCUCAAAGUAGUCCAACAUCUGAUGAUCCUAGUAAAGAUUUUGUGGUGCAGCCUAAUGGGAUUGUUGGCAUAAAAAGCACAGAAACAGAUGUUUCUCUAAGACCGGAAGUGGGAGUUCAACAUACAUCCACAUCUACACAGGACAAUGCAUUUCUAGAUGAGAAUGGAACUGAAAAUAUUCAACCGAAGCAACAGGAAAUAGAGGAGAGAAGAGAGGUUCAUAAUGUAGUAGGUGAAGAUACAGAACAACCACCCACCCUCCUUCAGGAAUAUCACUUAGGGAAUAAGUCAGAAGGAAGCCCUUCUAUUUAUUUAUAUAGUCAUGGCUUUCCUGAGAACAGUCAUUUUCCUGACGAAAAAAAGACACAUAGUGGUGCAAUGGAGGACUUGGAAGAUGGUUAUGCAUCUAAGGAUGGAAAACUGGUUAUUGAUUUCCUUCAAGUCGUCCAUGCUGCGGAGAAAAGGCAAGCUUAUGAAGAUGCACGUGCUUUUAAUGAAGAGAAGAAGGUGUUGAAGGAAAAAUAUGAAAAGAAGUUGAAAGAUGCAGCUGCCAAAGAACUUAUGCUUGCUGAAGAAGCUGCAAUGUUGGACAAGGAGCUAAAGAGAGAGAAGGCAAAAGCAGCUCUUGCUAUUAAGUCACUUCAAGAAAAGAUGGAAGAGAAAUUAAAGAUAGAACUUGAACAAAAGAAAAUUGAAACAGAACUAAAGUUGAAGAAAACUCAGGAGUUAGCAAAGGCAGAGUUAAAUGCAGCCAUAGCAAAUGAGAAGGCAGCCCAACUUGAAAAAAUGUCUGAAGCAAAUAUUAAUAUAAAUGCCUUGUGCAUGGCAUUUUAUGCUCGAUCUGAAGAAGCUCGUCAAAGUCAUGCUGCUCAAAAUUUUGCCUUGAGAGCACUUGCACUUGAAGAUGCACUAUCAAAAGGAUUGCCAAUUCAGACGGAAAUAGAAAAUUUGCAGUCUUAUGGUGAAGGCAUAGAUAAAGAGUCAGUUCUGGAUUUGGUGCUAGCAUCCCUUCCUGAAGAGACAAGAAACAAUGGCACUGACACACAACUGCAAUUAAAGCAGAAGUUUGAUUUCUUAAAAGGUAAUAUACGACACUUCAACCUAUUGCCACCAGGUGGGGGAGGUAUAUUGGCACAUUCUUUGGCACGUGUAGCAUCCUUGUUGAAGGUUAGGGAAGCUGACCAAUCAGGUGAUGGGAUUGAAUCUGUGAUUAACAAAGUUGAGAGUUACUUGGCUGAAGGAAAACUUGCUGAAGCAGCAGAUUUUCUAGAAGAAAGUGUCAGAGACACUCAAGCUGCAGAAAUUGUAACAGGUUGGGUGAAGCAAGCAAGAAACAGGGCUAUUUCUGAGCAGGCUGUUGUUUUUCUUCAAUCCUAUGCCAAUUCCAUUAGCCUUACAUAAUUAUCAAAUUUUGAAUAUUUACAAGGCCGUGUUGAUUUAAUACCUAAAGGUUGCUGAGAUUAUUUGGUUCCAUCAAGGAUACCAACGGAAAUUGCCUUAAUUAUUGACCCACAAGAAAACAACUUAGCCCUUUUCUUUCAUAGCACCUGAAAUUAGUUGAUUCUGUGAUAUCUGUAUAAAACUCCACUGGCUUUGGGGUUUGGACCCAAGUGGUAUCAGGCUCUGUAUAUUUUUUCUUUCAAGAAUGAUUAAAAUGUUGCAUUUCUUAGUAUGAAAAUUUCAAUAAUACGCCUCAGACGUCAAAUGUCUAUCAGUGCUCUCCAUACAAAUAAUAGUUCAAGGUGGUUUCUUGAGGGAUGAUAA